AUGGGACCACCUAUCGUAUACUCCGAGUCCGCGUCGCCUGAAACUGAACCAAACGAGCAAAUUCUCGCUGACCUGGCUGGUGAUGAGGAUGCAGAGUCGAUUUCUGGUGAUUUGUCAACGGUGUCCAUAACGAGCAGUAUUCUUGAGUACCGGAAACACUAUGGGAGGACGUAUGAGAAUAUUCAGUCGACGGAGUAUUGGGCGCCUAAUGAUGCGCAGCAGAACCAUGGUCUGGACCUCACCCAUGUGGGAUUGUUCUUCACUCUCGAUGAGAAAUUGUUUCUUGCGCCUAUAAAAGAACCGAAACGUGUGUUGGAUAUCGGCACGGGGACGGGGAUUUGGGCGAUUGACUUUGGAGAUGAGUACCCAGAGGCUGAAGUCACAGGCACAGAUCUAAGCCCCAUCCAACCAGUCGUAGUCCCUCCAAACGUCAAGUUCGUCAUUGAAGAUUGUCUGCUCGACUGGACGUGGCCUGAAGAUCACUUCGACUUUAUCCACCUCCGCGCCAUGUAUGGCAGUGUUCCCGACUGGGUUGAUCUGUACAGCAAAGCGUAUACACACCUCGCGCCAGGAGGCUGGAUCCAAGAUCUGGAAAUGGACGUCAAGCUCCAAUCCGAUCACGUCAAGUUACCUCCCGACCAUGUCUUCAACGUCUGGGCAGAUGCAAUCUACACCGCCGGUGAGAAAAUGGGCCGUCCAUUCGACGUCUGCAAAGGGCACACGAUGCGCGAUAAUCUCAAAGCAGCUGGAUUCGUCGACAUUGUGGAAAAGAGGAUAAAAGCGCCUAUGCACUUGUGGCCUAGCGAUGAGAGACUAAAACGAGCAGGAGAACUGUUCCUGGAGGCUCUGGAGCAGAGUAUUGAGGGGGAGAUGAAGGAUAAGGGUAACUGUGCUUGGGUUGAGACGUGA